CUGGGGAGAACGGAUGGCUGGGGACCCCGUGAACCUCGCCGCCCGCCCGCGCCCUGGUUUCUGAGGCUUUGGGAAACGUGUUGUUGGCCAGACACGUCCCAGAAACUGCUUGCUUUGAAACAAGAAUAAGUGCGAAAAGACUCUUGGCAACGUCAUGCCCUUUGCCAUUCCGCGGAGGAGCGAAGCUUUGGGCCGAUUUACAGAAUGAAUCAAGUCUGCCAGCAGGACUUUUGCUCAUUGCUGCCUUUUCAUUUUUGUAAUUUGGUAAAGGGUUAAUGUUAGUUUCACCGUGUAGCUAUUUAAUCCUUCAGACACCUAUUUGGAAACAAAUAGAUAAACGGGACUUUACGAGACCAGGGAUUUUCAAGAUGAAUUAUACCGAGUCCAGCCCAUUGACAGAAUCGAUUACAAUAGGUUUUACACCUGAGUUAGAAAGGAUCAUACCUGUGCCUUCCAAUGAGACCACAUGCGAAAACUGGAGAGAGAUACAUCACCUCGUUUUUCAUGUAGCAAAUAUUUUUUUCACGAUUGGGUUGGUUAUUCCAACCACCCUUCACCUUCAUAUGAUACUCCUUAGGGCAAUGUUAUCUAUAGGAUGUACCCUUUAUAUUGUCUGGGCCACUCUCUACCGAUGUGCCUUGGAUAUCAUGAUCUGGAACUCCGUAUUCCUGGGUGUCAACAUUUUGCAUCUGUCAUAUCUUUUGUACAAGAAAAGACCGGUAAAGAUUGAGAAGGAACUCAGUGGCAUCUACCGCCGACUGUUCGAACCACUCCGUGUGCCUCCAGAUCUGUUCAGAAGAUUAACCGGCCAGUUUUGCAUGAUCCAAACCUUAAAAAAGGGCCAGACGUAUGCUGCAGAGGAUAAAACCUCAGUUGAUGACCGUCUGAGUAUCCUUCUGAAGGGGAAAAUGAAGGUUUCCUAUCGAGGACAUUUUCUGCAUAACAUUUACCCCUGUGCCUUUAUAGAUUCUCCUGAAUUUAGAUCAACUCAGAUGCACAAAGGUGAAAAAUUCCAGGUCACCAUCGUUGCAGAUGAUAACUGCAGAUUUUUAUGCUGGUCAAGAGAAAGAUUAACUUAUUUUCUGGAAUCAGAACCAUUUCUAUAUGAAAUAUUUAGGUAUCUUAUAGGAAAAGACAUUACAAAUAAGCUCUACUCAUUGAACGAUCCCACCUUAAAUGAUAAAAAGGCCAAAAAGCUGGAACACCAGCUUAGCCUGUGCACGCAGAUCUCCAUGCUGGAAAUGAGGAACAGCAUCGCCAGCUCCAGUGACAGCGACGAUGGCUUACACCAGUUUCUUCGGGGCACUGCCAGCAUGUCCUCUCUCUAUGUGCCGUCCCCACACCAGCGGGGCUCUACCAAGAUGAAGCCCAUCGAAGAAGGGGUAGAAGAUGACGACGAGGUCUUUGAGCCCGUGUCUCCAAACGCACUGAAAGUCCAUCAGUUACCCUGACCAGAGAGAGAGGACAAGGGACCUGGAUGGAAUCUGU